AUGUCUCCCCAUGCGCCUGUACCGGGAGUCAACGGCCUAAACUGGCCCCAUAGCAUCCUUGCGCAGAUCCCGGACCGUCGCAAUCAUGCCAAGUUCUGGGAGCAUGGUCCUAAUAUGGGGGUGCGGGUGUUGGAGGAUGGUCGCCUGGACAUCAAGGUCCGCCAAGAGGAACCCAACCUAGCGGGGCUACUACACCACCUCCAAAACCACCCCCAUGACCUCCCGCCACGACGAGAAUCCGUAGUCCCAUUUUCCGAGAAAGAGCGCAUUCACCCCCUUCACCUCAACAUUGUCAUCCACGUCGUCGGCUCACGCGGAGACGUCCAACCCUUUAUCGCACUAGGCAAAGAACUUAAACGACACGGCCAUCGCGUGCGCCUGGCCACACACCUCGAUUUCAAGGACUUUGCGAACGAAAAUGGCCUGGAAUUCUUCAGUAUCGGCGGAGACCCAGGCGAACUGAUGGCAUUCAUGGUCAAGAAUCCAGGUCUAUUGCCGGACCUGCGCACCAUCCGCAGCGGGGCCAUCGCGAGACGACGACAAGAAAUGAAAGAGAUCUUUUCUGGGUGUUGGAGAUCAUGUCAUGAGAUGGGUGAUGGGACGGGUGAGCAACAGGUUAUCGAUCACCCGUGGAGUGAGACGGUGGAUUAUCGGAGCCGGCCGUUUGUGGCAGAUGUGAUUAUCGCCAACCCGCCUAGUUAUGCGCAUGUUAGUUGUGCGGAGAAACUGGGGAUUCCGUUGCAUUUGAUGUUUACGAUGCCCUGGUCUCCAACGCAGUAUUUUCCCCAUCCACUCGCCCAGGUCCGCGCGCGCAACACCAAACGCUCCGUCGCCAACUUUGCCUCCUACGCAAUCGUUGAAGUGAUGAUAUGGGAGGGUAUAGGCGACUUAAUCAACAAAUUCCGCAAACGCCUCCUAGGCCUGGACCCCCUAGACGGCAGUCGAGCCCCAAGUCUAAUCCCCCGACUACAAAUCCCUUACUCGUAUCUCUGGUCGCCGUCUCUUCUCCCCAAGCCUGACGACUGGGGCGAAAACAUCGACGUCUGCGGCUUCAGUUUUCUCUCUUCAGGAAGUGACUACCGUCCACCAGAAGACCUGAAGACAUUCCUCAACCAAGGCCCAACACCGAUAUACAUCGGCUUCGGCUCAAUAGUCGUCGACGAUGCAGCAAAGCUAACACGCAUAGUCUUCGAUGCCGUCAAAGAAACCGGUCACCGUGCACUAGUCGCCAAGGGCUGGGGUAAUAUCGGCUCCGAAGAAGUCGACGUCCCGGAUAACAUCUUCCUAAUCGGAAACUGUCCCCACGACUGGUUGUUCCAGCAUGUAUCCUGCGUGGUCCACCACGGCGGCGCAGGGACCACAGCCGCUGGACUCGCACUCGGUCGACCGACAGUCGUAAUCCCAUUUUUCGGAGACCAGCAAUUCUGGGGAAGCAUUAUCGCGCGCGCUGGCGCAGGCCCCGAGCCAGUACCCUGGAGAGAAUUAACAACAGAGAAACUAAAAGGUGCUAUCAAAAAAGCACUCGAAUCCUCAACCCUCGAAAGAGCAAAUGAAAUUGGCCAGAACAUGAAAUCUGAAGAUGGUGUUGCAAGCGCCGUACACCAUUUCUAUCGCCACUUGGAUCUGGAUAAUCUGCGCUGCUCGAUAUGUCCGAAUAGGCCGGCUGCAUGGCAGGUCCGUCACUCAGACAUCCGACUCAGCGCCUUUGCAGCGACAGUGCUUGUAGAAGCUGGUCUUCUCAAGCCCCUCAACGUUGAACUCUACCGCCCCAAAGAAUACGACACCCACCGCGACCCCAAAGGCCCCCUUUCCGCCGGUGCAGGAGUCCUCUACGGCGCAAUCUCCGCCUUCAUCGGUAACAUCCGCGACAUACCAACAGGCUUCGUCGGGGCUACGCGCGAAGCAGGACAAACCCAGGCACACGAUAACCUAGACGCACAUGGGCCACAGCACCAACCCGAACACGAACGGGAGCCUGAACCGGAAGUCGAACCCGGUCCUGGCCCCGAACAAUACGAUAUAGAUGCAGAAAAUGCCGGCCUAGAUGAACUAGAAGACAAUGAAAACGGGGAAAACAUCAGCCUGAAGCUAACGAAAACCACCACUAUCACGAGCAAAGAAAAACGGAAAGAAAGAAGAGCAGAAGCCCUAUCCGACGCAGGCUACCGGGCAGGCCAAUGCGCGAAGCACGUAAUCGACUGGGCGAUUAUGUUACCCGGUGACAUAACACUCAGUUUAUCAAAAGGAUUCCAUAAUGCACCGAAGUUAUACCAUGAUCGUAUGGUCGAGGCAUUUCCGAAGGUUAUGGGGAUACGGAGUGGGUUUCGAGCUGCUGGAACUGAAUUCACAAGCGGCUUCUACCAAGGCCUAACAGGCCUAAUAACCCAACCCCACGCUGGCCUCCAACGCUCUGGUCCAACAGGCCUCCUCAAAGGCGUUGGGAAGGGUAUCGGGGGUGUAAUCUUGAAACCUGCAGCUGGCAUCUGGGGCCUAGUAGGCUAUCCGUUGGACGGCAUCCACAAGAACCUACGAAAAUCGCUGUCGCGCAGCUCGACGAAACAUUUUAUCGCUGCGAGAAUUGCGCAGGGGAUUGAGGAGAUGUGUGCUUCAGGGACAGAGGAGAGGGCACAUGUUAUUAGGGUCUGGCAUGAAAUGGAGGAUGGCUUGAAGGGUCAUGUUUGA